GAGGGAUCCCUGCUCCAGCAGCUGCAAGGUGCAAGAAGAAGAAGAUCCCAGGGAGGAAAAUGUGCUGGAGACCCCUGUGUCGGUUCCUGUGGCUUUGGUCCUAUCUGUCUUAUGUUCAAGCAGUGCCUAUCCAGAAAGUCCAGGAUGACACCAAAACCCUCAUCAAGACCAUUGUCACCAGGAUCAAUGACAUUUCACACACGCAGUCGGUAUCCGCCAAGCAGAGGGUCACUGGCUUGGACUUCAUUCCUGGGCUUCACCCCAUUCUGAGUUUGUCCAAGAUGGACCAGACUCUGGCAGUCUAUCAACAGGUCCUCACCAGCCUGCCUUCCCAAAAUGUGCUGCAGAUAGCCAAUGACCUGGAGAAUCUCCGAGACCUCCUCCAUCUGCUGGCCUUCUCCAAGAGCUGCUCCCUGCCUCAGACCAGUGGCCUGCAGAAGCCAGAGAGCCUGGAUGGCGUCCUGGAAGCCUCACUCUACUCCACAGAGGUGGUGGCUUUGAGCAGGCUGCAGGGCUCUCUGCAGGACAUUCUUCAACAGUUGGAUGUUAGCCCUGAAUGCUGAAGUUUCAAAGGCCACCAGGCUCCCAAGAAUCAUGUAGAGGGAAGAAACCUUGGCUUCCAGGGGUCUUCAGGAGAAGAGAGCCAUGUGCACACAUCCAUCAUUCAUUUCUCUCCCUCCUGUAGACCACCCAUCCAAAGGCAUGACUCCACAAUGCUUGACUCAAGUUAUCCACACAACUUCAUGAGCACAAGGAGGGGCCAGCCUGCAGAGGGGACUCUCACCUAGUUCUUCAGCAAGUAGAGAUAAGAGCCAUCCCAUCCCCUCCAUGUCCCACCUGCUCCGGGUACAUGUUCCUCCGUGGGUACACGCUUCGCUGCGGCCCAGGAGAGGUGAGGUAGGGAUGGGUAGAGCCUUUGGGCUGUCUCAGAGUCUUUGGGAGCACCGUGAAGGCUGCAUCCACACACAGCUGGAAACUCCCAAGCAGCACACGAUGGAAGCACUUAUUUAUUUAUUCUGCAUUCUAUUUUGGAUGGAUCUGAAGCAAGCCAUCAGCUUUUUCAGGCUUUGGGGGUCAGCCAGGAUGAGGAAGGCUCCUGGGGUGCUGCUUUCAAUCCUAUUGAUGGGUCUGCCCAAGGCAAACCUAAUUUUUGAGUGACUGGAAGGAAGGUUGGGAUCUUCCAAACAAGAGUCUAUGCAGGUAGCGCUCAAGCUUGACCUCUGGUGACUGGUUUUGUUUCUAUUGUGACUGACUCUAUGCAAACACGUUUGCAGCGGCAUUGCCGGGAGCAUAGGCUAGGUUAUUAUCAAAAGCAGAUGAAUUUUGUCAAGUGUAAUAUGUAUCUAUGUGCACCUGAGGGUAGAGGAUGUGUUAGAGGGAGGGUGAAGGAUCCGGAAGUGUUCUCUGAAUUACAUAUGUGUGGUAGGCUUUUCUGAAAGGGUGAGGCAUUUUCUUACCUCUGUGGCCACAUAGUGUGGCUUUGUGAAAAGGACAAAGGAGUUGACUCUUUCCGGAACAUUUGGAGUGUACCAGGCACCCUUGGAGGGGCUAAAGCUACAGGCCUUUUGUUGGCAUAUUGCUGAGCUCAGGGAGUGAGGGCCCCACAUUUGAGACAGUGAGCCCCAAGAAAAGGGUCCCUGGUGUAGAUCUCCAAGGUUGUCCAGGGUUGAUCUCACAAUGCGUUUCUUAAGCAGGUAGACGUUUGCAUGCCAAUAUGUGGUUCUCAUCUGAUUGGUUCAUCCAAAGUAGAACCCUGUCUCCCACCCAUUCUGUGGGGAGUUUUGUUCCAGUGGGAAUGAGAAAUCACUUAGCAGAUGGUCCUGAGCCCUGGGCCAGCACUGCUGAGGAAGUGCCAGGGCCCCAGGCCAGGCUGCCAGAAUUGCCCUUCGGGCUGGAGGAUGAACAAAGGGGCUUGGGUUUUUCCAUCACCCCUGCACCCUAUGUCACCAUCAAACUGGGGGGCAGAUCAGUGAGAGGACACUUGAUGGAAAGCAAUACACUUUAAGACUGAGCACAGUUUCGUGCUCAGCUCUGUCUGGUGCUGUGAGCUAGAGAAGCUCACCAAAUACAUAUAAAAAUCAGAGGCUCAUGUCCCUGUGGUUAGACCCUACUCACGGCGGUGUACUCCACCACAGCAGCCCCGCACCGCUGGAAGUACAGUGCUGUCUUCAACAGGUGUGAAAGAACCUGAGCUGAGGGUGACAGUGCCCAGGGGAACCCUGCUUGCAGUCUAUUGCAUUUACAUACCGCAUUUCAGGGCACAUUAGCAUCCACUGCUAUGGUAGCACACUGUUGACACGGGAUACCUGGGGUCGUAAAAAUAAGAAAAUACAGGUUGACUAUCCCUUAUCCAAAAUGCUUGGGACUAGAAGAGUUUUGGAUUUUAGAGUCUUUUCAGGCAUAGGUAUAUUUGAGUAUAUAUAAAAUGAGAUAUCUUGGGGAUGGGGCCCAAGUAUAAACAUGAAGUUCAUUUAUAUUUCAUAAUACCGUAUAGACACUGCUUGAAGUGUAGUUUUAUACAGUGUUUUAAAUAACGUUGUAUGCAUGAAAGACGUUUUUACAGCAUGAACCUGUCUACUCAUGCCAGCACUCAAAAACCUUGGGGUUUUGGAGCAGUUUGGAUCUUGGGUUUUCUGUUAAGAGAUGGUUAGCUUAUACCUAAAACCAUAAUGGCAAACAGGCUGCAGGACCAGACUGGAUCCUCAGCCCUGAAGUGUGCCCUUCCAGCCAGGUCAUACCCUGUGGAGGUGAGCGGGAUCAGGUUUUGUGGUGCUAAGAGAGGAGUUGGAGGUAGAUUUUGGAGGAUCUGAGGGGUGAUGUGAUGUUUUAUUGGACACUUGGUAUGUUGAAGGGAUGAAAGUCCAAACAGGAAGUGACAGGGAAGACUGAAGAGACCGGGAAAGAGUGACAGGAAGUGCUGAGAGGACUUUAUGGGCCACAAAAGUGGCUUCUGAAAGAUCCCACGUGCCACAGUCUGGAGCGAAGGCUCGUGGUGGCUGGUGUCAGAUUGCUCUGGGGCUGUGCUAUGCCACCUUGGUCACCUCAUCAAGCUGGAAUGUCCUGAGCCUUUCGCUCAGAGAACCUUGCACUAUGGCUUGUUCCCAGAUUGUGAAACUUCCCAUAUGCAAAAAUGCUUGGUUUGGUUUUUUUGGUUUUUGUUUUUGUUUUCUUUUUUAAAUACAUAUAUAUAUGUAACAACAGCAACAACAAAAUUUUGUUUUAUUUUGUGUCAAUUCAAAUAAAUUAAUGAUGCCUCC